UUACACAUCACCAGCAAGGACGACAUAACAAUGAAAACACUCUCUCUACACAACAUCAAGCGGGGAAGUCUGAGAUAAGAAAGGAAGCCCCACAGUAUUAGAAAUACAGACUGCGAUAACCACGUGUAACUAUGGCCUAAAUUCAAAGCACAUACAUACAUAUACUGUAUGUUUGAACGAUAUAUAAUUCUGAGGCUUCUCCCUCUUCUCAGCUAACUCACUCUGCCUGGUUUCCGGCUCUCUGCUUUUUCCAGCAUCUCCGCUUCCGCCAUGCCCAACUUCGGGAAAAUCAACGGCCCCGCCAUCUUUGUGGCGCAAUACCUCUCAGAUGAAGCACCAUUCAAUAGCCUAGACGGAAUUGCUCAAUGGGCAGCAAGUCUCGGAUUCAAAGGAAUACAGAUCCCCGUCGACGACAGGUUGAUUGAUAUCGAGAAAGCCGCAAACGACCAGGCAUACUGCAACGAUUUGUUAGCCACACUCAAACACCACAACAUCCAGUUGACAGAGCUAUCCACACAUCUUCAAGGGCAGCUGAUCGCUGUUCAUCCGGCUUAUGAUAUCCUAUUCGAUGGUUUUGCACCACAGGAUGUCCGCGGAAACCCCCCGCGACGGGAAGAGUGGGCUCGAAAGAUUCUCUUUUCAGCAGCCAAGGCUUCCAAAAACCUCGGAUUGACAGCUCAUGCCACAUUCAGCGGAUCACUCUUAUGGCCAUAUAUGUAUCCCUGGCCACAGCGGCCGGAGGCAUUGGUUGAGAAAGGGUUCAGCGAACUUGCGGCUCGCUGGAAGCCGAUCCUUGAUGCGUUCGAUGAAGCGGGCGUUGAUCUCUGCUAUGAAAUCCACCCGGGAGAGGACCUCCAUGAUGGAGUCUCUUUCGAGCGAUUCCUCGCAGCAGUUGGUGGGCAUCGACGAGCCUGUAUCCUUUACGACCCUAGCCAUUUCGUACUGCAGCAGCUCGAUUACCUUGGCUUUCUCGAUUUGUAUCACGACCGCAUCAAAAUCUUCCAUGUCAAGGACGCAGAGUUUCUGCCAGACGCACGCCAAGGUGUCUAUGGUGGAUUCAGUUCCUGGACAGAACGAGCCGGUCGGUUCAGGGCUCUCGGAGAUGGCCAGGUAGAUUUCAGAGGCAUUUUCACAAGACUGAUAAAGAACAGCUAUAGCGGAUGGGCCGUUUUGGAGUCUGAAUGUGCAUUUAAGAACAAGAUGACCUGCGCUGAAGAGGGGGCUAAGUUUAUAGCAAGCCACAUAUUCCCUGUUGCGGAAUCGAGCUUCGAUGACUUUGCUGGAUCGGAAAUCAGUGAUGACCAGGUUUCCAAGAUAUUGGGGAUUUGAUAUAUUGUAUAUAGUGAGAGUCGACUCGCAGUUAAUACAGUCCUAUAACUAAAUGCUACAAGUUCAAUACAGCUAUCAAUUUC